UUCAAAUUUAGCGUCCAACGGCUUUUGACGUCUUGUUAAAAAAAAGUUAUCAGAUUAAUUUACUUAUAAAUUUAAAAAAUAUAUAAUUAUAAAUAAUGGACGAACUUCCACCAAAAGACUCGAUGUUCUGGAUGCGAAACCGACUCAGUACUUACAAAUACUGGCCAUUUGAAUCUACGGCUCCAUGCAAUGCUGAGAGCAUGGCCGCGGCUGGAUUUUUCGCAACCGGAGGGAAAGAUGAGCCAGAUUCAGUUGAAUGUUUCAUGUGCAACAAACCCAUGGACGGCUGGGAAGAGUCUGAUAAUCCAUGGGAGGAACAUGUCAAGCAUCAAAAAAACUGCAAGUACAUUCUGCUCAACAAACCUGAUGAAUUAACCUGGACUGUUGAAGAUCUGUACAAUCUUGCCAAAGAAUACUACUUGAAAGAAUUUGAUUCCGUGAUGAAGAAGUAUGUCACUUCUAGAAUUAGAGAAUUUGAUAAUCUACGCGAUCGUAUUCCAUCUAUAGUAAGAAAUAAUUUAAAAAAUAAGAAAAAUAAUUAUUGAAUUACUCAAACAUAUAUUUAUACGUCAUUAUUAAUUAUAAUAAUUAUGUUAAUUUUUUUUUUAUACUUUUAAUUUAAUCAUCCUCAAGUUAGCAGACAAUUCAAAACUUCCAGAUUUUUUACAACAAAUCAAUAAAAAAAAUAAAAAUGCCCAUGUAGAAAAAAAAAGUUGUAGGAUUUUUUAAAUACUUUUCUAUAAUUAAUCAUUUUUAAAACAAUGAAAAAAUUAUUAGACGGCUAACUGCAGUAGCGUUUAAUUUUUUUAUAUCGAAGAUAGUUUUUUAAUGUCAGUAUUUAUUAAUUGAUAGCAAUCGAAUUCAGUAAUGAUAUCGCUGGUUCCUGGAGUUAAAAAAUAUUUUUACUUCAUUCAUUAAGAUUAACAACUAAUCCGAUUAUAUUUAAAUAUUAUCAAUCUGAAUGAGUCAAAAAAAUCCCCGGUAUCAUUCAGUAGCAAUCGUCAUUAAAUCAAGACAUCAAAUCAGAAUAUUUAUAAGAUUUAUUUAUUAUUAAUUCUACAGAUAACUCUUGAACGUGAAUAAGUUAAUGUUUUUGAUAAUACUGCUGUGUUUACAAAAUUCUUCGCGUGAUUUUUAUCGUGCACUUGAAUUACUGAAGCUUCCAUUAAUACCCAACUCAUCUAUGUCUACAUAAAAUAUCUCUGUACAAUAAGUAGAUAAUAAAAUCCAUUUAUUAAUUAAUAAAAUUUUUUCAAAUUAUAAUUUUAAUUAAUCACUUUUCCAUUAAUAAAAUCAUCAAUCAUUAAAAUAUUAAUUAUUCUCUCAAGCUGGAUAAAUUUUGAAUUUAAUUUCCAGUUAAUGCGCAAUGGCAAUUCUUAAUAAAUUUGAAUUUUAUUUCCAGUUAAUACGCAAUGGCAAUUCUUAAUAAAUUUGAAUUUAUAAACUAAAUUUUCCAUGCGAGAAUAAUUUUAAAAAUUAAUUACA